AUGCUUUCCAGUCUAGUAUCCCUGGUGGCCCCACCAACGUCAACCUCACUCCCGGUAUCUCACCGCCAUAGAUUCAAACAGAAAUUGACCAGGGCCUUCUCAAAACCAGCUCCACUAGUAUCUGACCACCUGCUACUACCCAGCAUAUUCCCCAGCUCCCUCAGCCCGCUCUCACUCACCGCCACCCCUACCACCUUUUUUCCCACCGCGCGUCGUGACGACUCGAUUCACACCCUCAAGCCCUACUAUUCGGGCUCACCACACCUGCCACUUUCAAGUGCAUCAUCAUUUAUGUCCAGUGCAGCCACAGCCUCAUCCGCAACCACACCAUUCACCACCCCCAAGAAAGGCCCACCCGUCAAACCCUAUCUGUCGGGGCAUCUCCCGCUGCGGCCUCAAUUCUCGCGCUACCGCCCGGGAGUUGGCCUGAGCAAAUGCUUUAUCUGCGAAGAGUUGAUCUACACAAAAUUGGCAGACGAGAACAUAAUUGAGCUCAGAUGUGGUGACUUCAUCCAUGAGCAGUGCUUGAACGUGUCUGUGGAGUGCUCGGUCAACAAGCUGUUAGAGCUGUCGACGUUCACGGUUUCUCGUUCUCGGUUGGCAGACUUGAUCUUGCCCCGGUGCCGAGGGGAAUACUGUGAACACUUGGGAUCCAGUAACCGAGUUGAAUUUCUCGAUACCUCCCUUCACGACCGACUUCUUACUUCUGCCAUAGUAAAGUCCAUGGAGUACGAUAGAACCCAGUUGAUGCGUGGGUCGUACGCUAUUCGAAGAGACAGUGCGGUGCUUGCAUCUUUUGCAGCCAUUUCAAGUUCUGGGGCUAUGGGCCACGGCGCGGGCGCCGACCUCGAGCCUCGCGUGGGCGUCGCCAAUCCUGGUUGUGCCCCCGUAUCGCGCACUAGCUACGUCCAAUCUCGCUCUAACUACGAACCUCUACCAGAAGUCUACUUCAACACCCCAAGGAAUUUGGGCCCUCCUAUUGAUUUUCCCUCACACCUCGAUCGUGUUGAGCUGUGGCUCUCGUACCAGACUUCGGUACGGUCUCCAUCCCCCAGUAUUACCGAAUCCACCGCCAACAAUGAUACUAUCCAAAUGCAUGCCCAUAAGUAUAUUUCGCUUGAGGUGUUGCAGGACGAGCUUUUGCAGCAUCUUUUGAGCAACUACCUGAAAAUUACUCUAACGACCCUAGUAAAGUUAGGAACCUUGCGGUUGGCUGAUAUGCUUCAAGUGCGAUGCCUUGAAGAAGAAGACUGGACCCAAGCCACCGUUUACUUGUUUGAGAACUAUAUUGUGGUUUUGAAGUCAAAGGAAAAUGCUCUAGUGUGCGAGAUGGCCAACGCUGAUAUCUCUUUUGAAAACAAUCUUAUACGAAUUCACAGCCACGACAAAAGCAUCUGGUUAAAGUCCAAUGCGUCUUCGAUCUUAGAGAAAUGGACUGUGAGUUUUUCCGACUUGUCGUUUGCAUUUCCCCCGGAGUUUCUCACUUCUACUUUACACAUGGAUGGGUCUAGCACCAACACAAGAGCCUCGGUCCUAGACGACUCGGUGAACAUAUUUUUUGAAAGGCCAUCAAGCGGGAACUCAUCGAGUGCCACCAGCAUCCAAAACCCAAUGUUGAAUGUAGGCUUUGGGUAUUCUGAACCGGAUUAUAAUACAAUCAAAGAUAUAAUGUCGACAUUGAACGUCAAUGACUCUUUGCUACUAAGUGGGCCAGCUACGGAGGCUGACUUGAAGUCAGAUUAUGACUCGGACUCAGACUGUGAUUCGGACGAAGAAAAAAUCAAAGGGUUACUUGUGUGAUAUUUGGAUAAGGACUCGUUUUACAUAGAGAAAAUACAUUUGCAUGCA